UCUCUGCAUCACAAAUAUUUUGCCGCGAACGCAGAAAAAAACGCGUAUUGUUUAUAAAUCAUUAAUUUGUUGUACAAAAUGGCAUUUAAUCCCGUUGGUGAUUGCCAGCUUGUGCUGCAAACCUAUAAGUACAAAAAGCAUCGCAUCAUCUGCGAGAUAAAAGUGCGGCCGUGCCUGGUCAACCACUUUGGCAAGAAAUCCAAUGAAUAUCACUGGAUGACGCCUGAUCGCUGGGCCAAUAUAGAGAGCGGCUUGUGGGGCCUGCUUGAGCAGGAGCAGGAUGUUCAUAAUGUGCACGCAGACCUUUCAAUAGAUCACAUGAAAGUGCGUGUGGAAUCCAACGAGUUCAAUGCGGAAACUUCCCAGAUGCUCUUGCCCGGUGAUAAACUGUCGAAAAAUGAUAUAAGUCUUAAUAUACAGAUUGAAUAUAUACCGCAAGAAGGUGCUAACAAUGUAAGCAAGGGAGACCACCGCGAGACUUCCGCAACCUCAAAAUCUAGCGACGACCAUGAAGUGCAGACUCAGGUAGCGCACAACGAUAAACCAACCAAACGGACGUUGGAACCCGCUCAGGAGACGCACAAGGAUAAGUACGUUCCCCCGGAUAGAAAAGUUUCUGUAAAUUCUGAGCAAGCAAAAUCAUCUAACAGCGGUCGCUCGUCACGUGAAAAUAAACCAAGCAAGCGGACGCAUCGUUCACAGUCAAUUGACCAACCAGCAGAAGCUUCACAGAUUCCACCGGGCAGAAAGGUUCCUGUAAAAAUGCGGAACGCUCGCAGAUCCAUAUCACACGAUUCUGUGAAAGGUAAAUCCUCUAACAGCGGUCGCUCUUCACGUGAAAAUAAAACCACCAAACGGACGCAUACACCAGAAUCAGAACAAUCCAGGCCCAAUUCUGAUGGGCCGAGUCCCACAGGACGCCCGCACCGUUCACUAACGCGUCCAAGUCAUUUAGACGACUUUGUCAUAGGCCAAAAGAAAAAGACAAACAAAAUCGAUUCUGCAGAUGCGCCAAUUGGGAAAAAAGCUAAUGCCAAUGGGAAUGGGAAAGCCUCGCCGCCACCUAAACCCAAAUACAUGCAGCUGGCUGAUGCGCUAGCAGCGCUAACACCAGCUCCACGUAAGGUGGACAUUCUACUAAUGAAUAAAAUGGAAAAAGAAGAGGUAUUAAGUACAUUCUCCAAGUACGAAAGCGACUUGAAUCAAUUCUUUAUGGAGCACCGCCACAAGCGAACAGAUCAGUUUAUGGGCAUUCAACAUUUCCAUGUCAUAGAUAUACUGCGCCGAGACGUUGAGGAAAGCAUGCUCCGGAAACUGAGCCAAGUGUAUAGCACCCGAACAGCAUAUGCAUCGAUGCAGAUCAAUGCUCUGCUGCCAUUGUGGAUUGUGCGUCUCUUUAUGGACACAUUCAAUUUUUCUACUGCUGAGGAGGCAGUGCGCCAGAUCAGGGACCAAUUGGCUUACGGCACAUACCUGAAUGCCGUUAAUGAUGAGCCACUAGAAUCCGACUUGGAGAACUGAUUAAACACUCUUUAUUUGUAUUGGAAUCUUGUUACUUAGUACGAUUUGCAUGCAUACAUUUCUCAUUCUCAUUGCAUCAAAAUAAAAUCUAUAAGAGUUCAACCUUCUUCCAGGCGAAUGUUUCAAGUAUGUUUAUGUCUUAUGGAGAGCUUUCUGAAUUUGUUUUGUGGUAAUGAUGGGGCCACAUAAUAAUUACGAAAUUGUGUUACUUAAUAUCUAAAGACGUGUCUAGGUAUUAAUAUUGAUGAAACGGCGGCAGCUUCCUCUCAACGCCCGUCCAGAAGGUGUUGUAAAUAAACUCAGUCUGACUUCCACACUCCUAUAUACAAUUUAUGUGGUACGCUGCAGCGGUAGAUUUACAGCUCAUCAUGUGCCUGAUCCUCCUCAUCGUCAUCGGCAUUGAUGUUCUCGUUGUUCUCUUGGCUACCCGACUCGGUAUCCUCGGCAGUGGUGUCGUCAUCCUCAUCCAAUUCGAUUUGUUCGUCCAGAGACCCACCCAAUGUCUGGAGCAUCAUU